GGCGGUGCUCGCUGAGGGGCGAAGCGCGGACCGGUCCCGUUCGGCUCCGUUCGGCACCGCUCGGCACCGCUCGGCUCUGUUCGGCACCGCUCGGCCAUGGCGAGGCGGGCGGCGGCCCCCGCCGGGCCCGUCGGGGACGACUUCUCCUUCGUGAGCCCGGUGGCCAAGUACUUGCUCUUCUUCUUCAACCUGCUCUUCUGGGUGAUCUCCGUGGUGAUGGUGGCCGUGGGGGUGUACGCGCGGCUGCUGAAGCACGCAGAGGCGGCGAUGGCGUGCCUGGCGGUGGACCCCGCCAUCCUCCUCGUCGUGGUGGGCGUCCUCACCUUCCUCAUCACCUUCUGCGGCUGCGUGGGCUCCUUGCGGGAGAACAUCUGCCUGCUGCGGAUGUUCUCUAUCUGCCUGACCGUCGUGUUCCUCCUGCAGCUGGCAGCUGGUGUGCUGGGCUUUGUCUUCUCGGAUAAGGCACGCGGGAAGGUCAGCGAGAUCAUCAACGGGGCCAUCGUGCAUUACCGGGAUGACCUGGACCUGCAGAACCUCAUUGAUUUCGGGCAGAAGGAGUUCAGCUGCUGCGGGGGUGUCUCCUACAAGGACUGGUCCCAGAACAUGUACUUCAACUGCACGGCCACCAACCCCAGCCACGAGCGCUGCUCCGUGCCCUUCUCCUGCUGCCUCCACGACGCCAGCCAGGCCGUCAUCAACACCAUGUGUGGCCACGGGAUGCAGGCCAGGGGCUACCUGGAGGCCAGUGCCUUCAUCUACACCAACGGCUGCAUUGACAAGCUGGUCAACUGGACCCACAGCAACCUCUUCCUGCUGGGGGGCAUCACGGUGGGGCUGGCCCUGCCCCAGCUGGUGGGCAUCGUCCUGGCGCAGCUCCUCAUCAACCAGAUCCGCGACCAGAUCAAGCUGCAGCUCUACAACCAGCAGCACCGCGCAGACCCCUGGUACUGAGCUCGCCCCGGGGUCUCCACGGGCAUUCCCAAACCCCGGAUCUGCGGGAAGAGCCGGAGGGGCUUUGCUGGAGAAGACGGAAGGCAGAGAGGGAUGUGCAGGGACCGUGGAGACUCCGUGCCUUUGGCAGCCGGUGCUGGGCUUGGCCAGGAUGUGCUGAGCUGAACCAGCGCCGGGGAAUCGUUGUCUGUGUGUCUGUCUGUCCGUCCUGCUGGUGCACAAACCGUGCACAAAGCUCUGCACGCGGAUGUGCUUCCCCUCUCUCCACGUGUGCUGGAGAAGGACAUUUAUCCGUGUGUGUGUGUGUGUGUGUGUGUGUGUGUGUGUGUCCGUGCACCGAGCUGCCUUCGCCCAGGCUGGGCUGCAGGAACUGGGGGAAUUUGGGGACAUUCCCCCCAUCACCGGCUGCCACAUCGGCUCCGUCCCGCUGUCCCUGGGCAGCCGAGGCCACAGGACCCGAGGGGACAGCCCCGCGGCCUGGCCGUGCCCCGCCGUGCCGAGCCCCUCGCGGACGAGUCGCUGCCGGGCUGUGCCGCUUCCUUGGCUUUCACGGACAAUAAAGAGACGAGCCCGGCCGCUCCGAGCUCUGCCAGCCCUGCAGGGGACAGCACGGUGGCUCUGGGGACAGGCAGAGGCCGCCGCCCCCGCUCCGCUGCCGGGACCCUGCGCUCUUGUGCCGCCGGGAGACCCCGAAACAGGCCGGGAAAAGGGGCUGAGGGGCUGCCCCGCGGGCUCGGCCUGGCCGCGGCGUCUCGGAGCUGUCGCAAACCUGUGGGUGGAGCUUUUUGGAGUUGGGUUUUUUCUUUUUUUUUUUUUUUUUUUUUCCCCCUUUUAAUUUUCCCUUCUGCUCAGGCUGGGUGGUCCCUCCCGCGGAGGGAGCCGGGAUGCGGCCCAGCGCACGGCUCUUUGUGUGCGGCCGGGAGGCUUCUCUCCUCAAAAAAAAACCACCCCUUUUUGGCCUCUUUUCCCCUCAAAAUCCACCUCAUCCCCCCGCCGGAAUGUGGUUUGUUACCCCAAAAAGUGUUUUCUUCCCCCCCGAAGUGCUUGCUUCUCCGACACCUCCCCUAAAAUACCCGGAUUUUUCCCCUACAAAAGUUACCUUUCUCCCCAAAACGUCUCCUCCAAAGUGCUACUUCUCAAAAAAAAAAAAAACCAACAAGUUUGCUCCAAAAAGUAGCUGCUCUCCAAAAAACUGGCUUUCCCCCCAAAAAACCCCUGUCUUUUCUCUCCCAAAAGCGACUUUUCUUCUCCCGAAAGGGCCUUCUCCCCAAAAACCAAAUUUUCUCCCCAAAAAAUUCUUUUGUCCCCCCAGACUGAUUUUUCCCCCAAAAAAAGUAAUCUGCCCCUAAAAAAAGGAACUUUCCUCCACAAAAA